AUGGCGGGCGACACGCUGCCACUACACUCCCCACCCCACUACUCAUUCUCCUCCCGCCUCGCCCGAUCCCACACUGCCAAACGACUGGUCGGCCUCGUGGCCAUCAUCCUCCUCGCCAUCAUCAUUCUACCACCUCUGCAUCUUGUCCGUCGCGACCUCGGCUACAUCUUUCGCCCUCUAUGGGACUCGCCAGAACCCCGUUUCCAUAUCAUCCCCCACUACCCGCGCCCCGCAGCCGACUCUGCCACUGACCACUGGUGCGGGCUGCACGGGUGGACCGCGUCCGCGUCCCGCCCAACCGUCAUCGACGCGAUCCAGAUCAGCACCGAGCUCGACCUCCUCGAGAUUCGUAUGCGCGAGUAUGCGCCGUACGUGUCGCUGUUUGUCAUUGUCGAGUCGGACAAGACGCAUUCUGGCGCCCCCAAGCCGCUCCACUUUGCCCAGCAGCGCGAGCGCUUCGAGGACAUUGCAAGGGUCCACAACGCGCGUAUUGCCUACCGCACCGUCACCGACUUUGAGGUCGUCGCCACGGGCUCGGCGUCCAACGAAGUGAAGCAGCGUGUGGCGAUCGGACACGUGCUCGAGGAAGAGCGCAUGGCGGGCCACAUUCCCCCCGGGUCGCUCGUCAUCAUGAGCGACGCCGACGAGAUCAUCUCGCGCGACACGCUCGACCUCCUGACGUCGUGCCGCGGCUACCCGGACACCAUGCACCUGUCCGUCCGCAACUAUCGCUACUCGUUCGACCUGCCACUGCGCGACGAGGGAUACUGGCGCCCGAAAGUGGUCACCGUCUCGGGUCCCGCUGACGGCGGUGGUGUCGUCGGGUACAACCACGCUCGCGGCUCUGACGUCCUGCUCGCCGACAGCGGGUGGCACUGCUCGUUCUGCUUCCCGACGCUGGACGACAUCCGCGCCAAAAUGACCGGAUACAUCCACAACGACCGCAUGUCGCACCCGAGUCUGCUGCGCGAGCACGACUUGCGCCGCAGGGUGUGUCGCGGCCAAGACCCGUUCGGCAUGUGGCCCGAGGUGUUCUCCUUCAAAGACCUCGCGGCGCAGUCGGGCAGGAUACGGCCCGAACACUCGUUUGUCAACGUCCCCACCGCGCUGCGCGACGACCCGCAGCGGUGGCCAUACCUCCUCGGCGGGGGCUGUAACCGCCCGAACAGCGCAAAGCCCCACCUGGCGUAG